CAGUGUUUUCAAUCAUUAUAUUAUUGUUCGAAUCUAUUUAUCUCUCUGUGUAUAAACAUUAAUCACAUUUGUGACGUCAUUUGAUGUCCUACCAUGACAGGGCAGCGUUUCAGAUGUUAAGAGUUUUCAAAAUAAUGUCAUAAUAUUUCAAGAAUAAAUUGGCAUGUUUUUAGAUUAGAAAUGCUUUACAAAAAGAGAAAUACGUCAUAAUAAUAAUAAUAAUAAUAAUAAUAAUAAUAAUAAUAAUAAUAAUACGCCAUGUUAGGUCUCUUAUGUAUACAAGACCAAGACAAAGCCCCGCCUACUGAUGUUCCUGAUUGGUUGAUUUUCCGACCCUGCUUCUCGAUCUCGGCUUUUUGAUUGGUUGGUUGUGGAGCGUCAUGUUCAUUUGUUUAUAACAGCGCCAAACUUGAGUGAUUGCGGUUUCCAGUGCAGAGACGUUAUGUGUCCGUGUGAACAAGAGCUGAUGUUUUGAUUGGGGUUUUUUGUUUACUGAAAAAUAACAAAAACAUUUUCAAUGGUUUUUCAGUGUUGGUGAAAACUGUGUUUUGGGUAGCUAGGCUCUGUUCGAGUCCUGUGUUUAUUUAAGCGAGUUAUUAAAGUGAGUCACGAGAGCUGGCUUUGUUAGCCAUCUGGCUAUUUUAGGUGCAGAAAAUGUCUCUGUGGCGCCACAUAGUUGAUAAACAGAAGGUCAGCCAUGACAGUGUUUGUGUAGUUGCUAGGAGUAAAUCAGCUCUCCAGGGACUUGAGGACUCUGUGAAUACAAGUCUGUCUCCUCCAACACAUCCCGUGAAGGAGAGCUUAUUUCACCAGACUCCAGACUGCACUACAGGUGAUAUUAAAACAAAGUCACCAGUGAUGAAGGAUGUGCCUUUAUCCCCCGUUUCCGGAUCUCCUUGCCGUUGUCGAGCUUCAGGUUCAUCUCUGGCUCAGUUUGAGAGUUCACAGCUUCAGCAGCUGCUUACUCAAAGUCUCUGUCUUGAGAAGAGAGGCCUCAAGCUCAUCCACAACCCUAAUAAGGCCACCAUCACUGUGGACUGUACUACAGCACAGGUGGUGGAUGUGAACAAGCAAGCCUGCAAACUCUUUGAGUACACACGCAGUGAGCUGAUUGGGCAAACCCUGACCUCUCUUCUGAAGACCAGCCAGAUGACUGAAGAUGUCUUGGGAGAGGAAAGCCUAGACUCUGAAGGAAAUUUAAUCACCAUAUCAGGAAAAGUGGUAAAUGCUGUGAGUAAACCAGGCUCAGAGUUCCCAGUGUCUGUGUGGACACGCUCACAUAACCACAAAACCUGCGCAUUGCUUUUGGAGAGAGUGGAGAGAAUAUCAGCCCACCUCUCCUUCUCUAAAGAGGGUGGGAUUCUCAGCUGUGACUCCACCUUUGCUCAUCUCCAUGGUUACUGUGAUGCUGAGGAGAUGCUGGGGCUUUCAGUCACAUCUCUGAUGCCAACACUUCACGUUCCACUGCAGUGUCAAACCAUACCAAAGAAGAUGCGUGUGCAGAGGGUUUGUCUGCAGGGCAGGGGCAGCACGGAGCUGCAUGUGUGUGUGAGACUGCGUGCCGCUGUGUCCUGUGGGAGGCCUUUGAGCCAGAUGGACAACUCCCCUUGUGCUGAAAACAGUGAUAAUUCACAUGCACUAUUCGGUGAUGCUGGAAAAGAUGAUGUUGGUGAAGUCAUGCGCUCACCCCUCCUGGAUGUGGUUUAUUUUGGGUCUCUAUGGACUUUUGUUCCCUCCAGCAGCCUUUUGACACUCUACCCCAGUGGCACUAUUAAAAGUAUCAACAGCAUCUACUGUCCUCUGCUGAUGGGAUAUAGCAUGAUUGAGCUUCUAGGAAAGAAGAUCACCUUCUUGAUACCAGCCUUUUAUGACAUGAUGUCUGCCUUCGACAGAAGCCCCAGUCCAGUAUCAUAUCAAGAAGAUGGCUCAGCAUCCUCUUCUAGAAGCCACACAGACUGCUGCAGAUACUCCGGCAGAGGUGGAGGUGUUUUAAGUCCAUCUGCGUGUGCUACCUCAGCAAAGGAAAAUCAAGACACAUGUAGUCCCAAGACUCUGCUGGCCAAAGACAGUAUGUUGUUCCCUGCCCUGAAGAGGAAAGGAGGUGCUGCAAAAGGGAGACGGGCCUACGCUGCAAUCAGGACCAAACAGGAGCAUCAGGCCCAUGUUCCUGCAAUCUCCCCCAUGCUUGCAAACAGUUUGGAGGACACUACAGAGCUCUGCAAUGAGGCAGCUGCAGCAGUAGCUCAGUGUGACGAGUCUGUUCCAGCCGAUUCCACCACAGCUCUGCUGCACACCUUUGCUUUGCUUGAGUCCCAGGAUUGCACAACCCGUCUCCAGAACUCCAGCUUUGAAGUGAUCUCCCUUGGCAGUCGCUCAUCCUCAGGAUUCUGUGAAAAGUGGGCAGGCCUGGAGAAACCAGAUGAGACACAACAGGAAGUAGAACUAGUAGAUUCAAGCAGUUGCUUCCUAGACUUGGACGCAAACGGUGACACGAUUGCACUUGCCUUUGGAGAGCUGGAGCUAAGUGAGUGUGACACGGCUGAGCUCCUGCGCACUCCGUCCCCUUGCAUUGUGGAGUCGGAGUCUGAAACCGAGCCCCCUGACCUCCCAAAAGACAAACUUACUGAACAGGAACGUCUGGCUGAAUGUUUCAGUCCAUCACCGAAAGAGUUAUCUAUUUUAGAGGGAAAUCCAGAGCAGUGGAACACGGAGUGUACUCCAUUCUCAGAGCUCUGUAAAAGUGGGAUGCUGUUUUCAAAUGACAGACCAGCAACCUCCACCCCAAAGAGGCCACUGUCCACCCCUGCUACACCGCUCUGCCCACGCACCCUGAUCCAGGAGGGCAGGUUUCAAGCCAACUGCUACCACAGAGAUGGAACACCUAUAGAGGUGCAGUGUGAUGUGCGCAGAGCUGCUGUCUCUACUGAAGGUGUGGUGUUCUGUGUGUGGUUGAGUGGAAGUCAUCUUUUCCUCCACAAGCAGGAGACUCUGCAGAGCACGCAGACUUCCACAGCAGAGUCUUCCACAGAGGAUGGCUUAGCGUCCCGCCUGCGAGAGGUCAGUGAAGUAGACCAGGGUAAGGGUCUGCGCUCCUCCAUGAGUCUGGAGCAGUCUGGAGCGUGUGAAGGACAGUUUGAGGCGGUCUACCAUCCAUUGCAGCCCAUAGGAAAGGGGGCCUUUGGUGUUGUUUGGCUUGCUUCACGACGUCACGACGAACAAGAGGUGGUAGUGAAGUUUAUCAGGAAGAGCAGGGUGGUGGAAGAGUGUUGGGUGGAAGACCCUGAGCUGGGUCAGGUCACUCAGGAAGUGGCCAUACUUGCCCGAUUGUGCCACCCCAACAUUGUCAAGGUCCUGGAGGUGUUUGAGAAUGAGAACUUCUUUCAAAUGGUGAUGGAGAAACAUGGAGAUGGCCUUGACUUAUUUGAGUUCAUUGACAUGCAACCCAGGCUGGACGAACCACUAGCCAGCUACAUCUUCAGGCAGUUGGUGUCAGCAGUGACAUAUCUCCGUGGGAAAGGCAUAUUGCACAGGGACAUUAAAGACGAGAACAUCAUCAUCAACACUGCGUUUCAUAUCAGACUGAUUGAUUUCGGCUCUGCGACCCUGCUGGAGCCAGGUUUGCUCUUCCAUGCGUUCUACGGCACACUGGAGUACUGCUCACCUGAGGUGCUGCAAGGGAACCCCUAUAAAGGACCAGAACUGGAGAUGUGGUCUCUGGGAGUACUUAUAUAUACCCUGCUGUUCAGUGAAAACCCUUUUUGUAGUGUGGAAGAGACCAUCCAAGCCAAACUCAACAUCCCCUGUGAUAUCUCUACAGAUUUGCGCAGCCUGCUGGCUGGUUUGCUGCACCCAGAGCCGACAGAAAGAAUGACACUGGAGGAGCUCCUGCAUGAACCGUGGAUUCGGCAACCCAUUAAUCUAGCAGAGUACAGCUGGAAUGAAGUGUUCCCUUGCAAUCAUGACUCCUCUGAGCAAAAUGAGUCCAGUCCAGAUGUGCAGCAGGAGGCCAGCCCUCACGGUGCUGCUGAUGAGACUCCUUUGCAAGACGAAGAUGAUGAGAUGGAGGAAGAAGAGGAUGAAGAGCAGAGGAGAACUAUGGCAGCACUGGAGUUUGAACUCCUCAAGUAUUUAACAGAUAACUGAAGAUUGAAGAGCAAGGGAGAUUUAGGACUGCUUUUGAACAGAGAGCUGCACUUGAAAAAGGUUAAAAUGAUUAAAAACAGAGGUGGGAAAUAUAAAAAUAACACUGCUGCACUCUUUCUAAUUGUUUUUGAUGUAGUGCCAGACUACAAGAUCCAUGAUUCCCUGUAUGAACACCAACCGUCAAAAUACAUCCGUCUUCAUUUCUCCACUAAAUCCAUGAAUGGCAUAGGAGGCAGAGAGAGAUGUUAAAAAAAAAAAAGAUAUGGCUGUAUUUGACAGUAGUAAUGUGAAUCCCAGAUUAAAGAAGCAUUGAAUGUAUGAAUUGUUCUGCUCUUGGUUUCAGAACACUGUUUCUGAAUUGAAGGUCAGCAUUACUGUUCACAAAAAUGAAGUCUUUUUUUUUUUUAGUAACUUAUUCAGUACCCUAAAAGCAAUUAGUUGUGGUCUGUGAUCUACGUUUUGUUUUUCUAAAUAAUCUGUGUUGAUUGUUCAAGGAACAGCCUUGAAAUGCAUGGUUUUAAAAAGACACAGUUGACACAAAAGACAACUAAUUUUAAAUUAUUUUUUUAACUAAAUUAUUUACAUUUUAAAUAUUAUAUAAAACUUAAUACAUGAAUAAAAUGUCUUUUUUUUUUUUACCUUUAAUUUUUUAUUUUAUAUUUUUAACAUUUUAAAAUCUUUU